UCUCUCUGCCUCUUUCGGCUCUCACCCGAGCCGAGCGGAGCCUGAGGCCUGCGCACAACUCAUUCAAUUCAAUAAUCGAACCGGCCGGGGGCAACAGGCAACAACAGAUCCGAGGCUUUCUCGAAUCGGGCAGGCCCGUCAAUCAAAUCCGCCAGGUGACGAGCGCCGCUCUCGCGUCAAAUCCACCGCCGAUCGGUCAGCUCGUCACAUCGAGAUGCCACACCGCAUCAUCCAGCGCCCGGGCCAGGGGGGGCCGAGCCGCCCGGCCGGAACGCUCCUUAUAUAAAGACCCCCUCGCCCCAUCCCCUCUCUCCCGUGCUCAUCCGCAUCCAUCCCCACUCGCCGUGGUAGUAGAACACUUGCCUCGACCUCUCCAGCGCCGGCCAACCCGGGUACCGGAAAGCUUGUUCCGUGGAAGCACAAAAGCUUGGCGCGAUGAUGUCGUCGGUGCCGGUGCCGGAGACGUUGUUCGCCCUGGCCGACCAGCACCUCGCGCCACAGCAGCCGGCGGCGGCGGAGCAGGAGCAGCUCUGCUACGUGCACUGCAAGUGCUGCGACACCAUCCUCGCGGUGGGCGUGCCGUGCAGCAGCCUGUUCAAGACGGUCACCGUGCGGUGCGGCCACUGCGCCAACCUGCUCUCCGUCAACCUCUGCGGCCUCCUGCUGCCGACGGCGGCAGCCGCCAACAACCAGCUCCCCUUCGGCGGCGGCGGCCAGCAGCAGGCUCUCCUCUCCCCCACCUCCCCGCACGGCCUACUUGACGAGAUGAUGCCGUUCCAACAAGCGCUGAGCCUGCCGACUGCUGAACCGGCGAGCGCCUGCGUGAGCACCAUCACCAGCAUCAACAACAGCUGCGGCGGCGGCAACAACGCGCCGGUCAUGUCGGCCAUGGCGCCGCCGCCUCCCCCGGUGAAACCUGCACCGCCGGAGCCGCAGCUGCUGCCCAAGAGCACGGCGUCAGGGAAUAAAACAGAGAAGCGGCAGAGAGUUCCUUCUGCAUACAACCGAUUCAUCAAAGAUGAGAUCCAGCGCAUCAAGGCCAGCAAUCCGGACAUCACCCACAGGGAGGCUUUCAGCGCAGCUGCCAAGAAUUGGGCCCAUUUCCCACACAUCCAUUUCGGUCUCAUGCCGGAUCAGGGCCUGAAGAAGACCUCUAUCCAAAGUCAGGAGGGAGGUGAGUGCAUGCUUUCCAAGGAUGGUCUCUAUGCAGCAGCGGCAGCAGCAGCCGCCGCCGCCGCGGCCGCAUCUACCAUGGGCAUUGCACCCUUUUGACCUUCAUUCGACCAGCGGGAAAUGAUACUUUUGUGCUUCUGCUUCAUCAUAUGCUAGUAGGGUUCUGCCUCGGUCUCUCGAUAUCCCGCUGCUAGUUAAGUACUACUACUACUAGCUCUAAUGUUUCCUCCAGAGGAUCUCGAAAUGUAUCUCAGUAACCGUAUCUAUGUGUUGUAGUCUUUUUCUACAUCUAAUUCUGCUUCGGGUCCAAUUUCUGUAACACGAGGUUGCCGUGCUUA